UGUGGUACAAAAUCAGCACGAGUGCAUCCUUCCCUUUGUGCAAGUGAAAGGGAACUUUGCUAGGCUGCAGGCCUGCAUCUCAGAACUCCGCAUGUUCCAGAGAGAAGGCUGUUUCAGACCACCCGGCCUUUGUCUGCACCUGGCAGUACAGGAUGGGCUCCAGCAGUUCAAACAGUACAGCAGACAUGUGACCACAGGCGCUUCUCUGAGCUACACUUCCCUGGAGAUUACUGUUCUGACUUCCCUGCCUGGAAAAGAGGUGGUCAAACAAUUGGAGGAAGGAUUGAAAGAUACGGACCUAGUAAGGGUCAGGAGACUUCAGGUGGUUGAGAUCACAAAGGGAGUCCUAGAGUAUAUGGACUCAGUGUCCCCGGCUGAAGAGCCUAGCAGUGAUGAGAGUUCUAUCCUGGGAACUGACAUUGACCUUCAGACUAUAGACAAUGAUGUUGUCAGCAUGGAGAUCUUCUUCAAAGCCUGGCUACAUAACAAUGGAACAGACCAAGAGCAUAUCCAUCUUCUUCUUCCUUCACGAUGUUUCAGCAACAUUUCCAGAGCCAGAGAUGAUUCAAUGUGCCUGAAAUGUGAUCUCCAAGAGCGACUCCUCAGCCCAUCCCUUCUCCCUGGCACAGCUGAUGGCUCCUUGAGAAUGGAUGACCCCAAAGGAGACUUCAGCACACUCUACCAGAUGGCCUCCCAGUCGUCAGCCUCUCGUUACAAGCUCCGGGUGAUAAAGGCUCUAAAUUCCAAUGGGAUCUGCGAGUCAUUGACAUAUGGACUGCCCUUCAUCCUCAGACCCACAAGCUGUUGGCAGCUGGACUGGGAUGAGCUGGAGACAAAUCAGCAGAACUUCCAUGCCUUGUGUCACAGCCUGCUGAAAAGAGAAUGGCUGCUGUUGGCCAAAGGGGAGCCCCUGAGCGGAGGACACAGCCUGAGACAGCCUGCCAACACCUUCUAUGUGAUUGUGCCAUCACGCUCCCCCACUCUGCUGGUGAAGGCAGUGGCCACUCGGGAACUGAUGCUGCCCAGCCCCUUCCCCCUGCUGCCUGAGAACCCACCUGAUGACAGCCUUAAGAUUGUGGAGAGCGUGCUGGACAGCCUGGAACUAGAGCCCAUCUACAACCCCUUGCAGGCUUGGAGCCACCUGUACUCACAUCUGAGCAACACCUUUAUCAAGCCUCAGGACCGGCUCCACCCAAGCUGGGAGAGCCGGGCCCUGAGAAAGGCCUUCCCUGCCAUGCGACAUGUCAGAACCCGCCCAUGGAGCCCAUGGGGGCUGCUGCUGUCCCUGCUGUGCAGCUCCUGCCUGGGGUCUCCAUCCCCGGCCACGACCCCCGAGGACAGGGCUGGCAGCCAGGGGCUGCGGUUCCGGCUGGCCGGCUUCCCCAGGAAGCCCUUCGAGGGCCGCGUGGAGAUCCAGCGAGCUGGCGAGUGGGGCACCAUCUGCGAUGACGACUUCACCCUUCAGGCUGCCCAUGUCCUCUGCCGGGAGCUGGGCUUCACGGAGGCCACAGGCUGGACCCACAGUGCCAAAUACGGCCCUGGAACAGGCCGCAUCUGGCUGGACAACCUGAGCUGCAGUGGGACUGAGCAGAGUGUGACUGAAUGUGCCUCCCGGGGCUGGGGGAACAGUGACUGUACCCACGAUGAGGAUGCUGGAGUCAUCUGCAAGGACCAGCGCCUCCCCGGCUUCUCAGAUUCGAAUGUCAUUGAGGUAGAACAGCACCUGCAAGUGGAGGAGGUGCGACUUCGACCGGCCGUGGGGCGGGGCAGGCGGCCCCUGCCAGUGACCGAGGGACUGGUCGAAGUCAGGCUUCCCGACGGCUGGUCGCAACUGUGUGACAAAGGCUGGAGCGCCCAGAACAGCCACGUGGUCUGCGGGAUGCUGGGCUUCCCUAGCGAAAAGAGGGUCAACACGGCCUUCUACAGGCUGCUGGCCCAGCGGCAGCAACACUCCUUUGGUCUGCAUGGGGUGGCGUGCGUGGGCACCGAGGCCCACCUCUCCCUCUGCUCCUUGGAGUUCUAUCGUGCCAAUGACACCACCAGGUGCCCUGGGGGGGCCCCUGCGGUGGUGAGCUGUGUGCCAGGCCCUCUCUACGCAGCAUCCAGUGGCCAGAAGAAGCAUCAACAGUCGAAGCCUCAGGGGGAGACCCGAGUGCGUCUAAAGGGUGGGGCCCACCCUGGAGAGGGCCGGGUGGAAGUCCUGAAGGCCAGCACGUGGGGCACAGUCUGUGACCGCAAGUGGGACCUGCAGGCAGCCAGCGUGGUGUGUCGGGAGCUGGGCUUCGGGAGUGCUCGAGAGGCUCUGAGUGGUGCCCGCAUGGGGCAGGGCAUGGGUGCCAUCCACUUAAGUGAAGUUCGAUGCUCUGGACAGGAACCCUCCCUCUGGAAGUGCCCCCACAAGAAUAUCACAGCCGAGGACUGUUCCCAUAGCCACGAUGCUGGAGUCCGAUGCAACCUGCCCUACACUGGGGUAGAGACCAAGAUCCGACUCAGUGGGGGCCGCAGCCGACAUGAGGGGCGAGUGGAGGUGCAAAUAGGGGGACCUGGGUCCCUUCGCUGGGGCCUCAUCUGUGGGGAUGACUGGGGGACACUGGAGGCCAUGGUGGCCUGUAGGCAACUUGGACUGGGCUAUGCCAACCAUGGCCUGCAGGAGACCUGGUACUGGGACUCAGGGAAUACCACAGAGGUGGUGAUGAGUGGAGUGCGCUGCACAGGGUCUGAGCUGUCCCUGGACCAAUGUGCUCAUCACAGCACCCACAUUGCCUGCAAGAGAACAGGAACCCGCUUCACUGCUGGAGUCAUCUGUUCUGAGACUGCAUCAGAUCUGCUGCUGCACUCGGCCCUGGUGCAGGAGACGGCCUACAUCGAGGACCGGCCCCUGCACAUGCUCUACUGCGCCGCCGAAGAGAACUGCCUGGCUCGCUCGGCCCGCUCAGCCAACUGGCCCUACGGCCACAGGCGUCUCCUCCGGUUCUCCUCCCAGAUCCACAACCUGGGACGAGCAGACUUCAGGCCCAAGGCUGGGCGUCAUUCCUGGGUGUGGCAUGAGUGUCACGGGCACUACCACAGCAUGGACAUCUUCACCCACUAUGAUAUCCUGACCCCCAACGGCACCAAGGUGGCUGAGGGCCACAAAGCUAGUUUCUGUCUAGAAGACACUGAAUGUCAGGAAGAUGUCUCCAAGAGGUAUGAGUGUGCCAACUUUGGAGAGCAGGGCAUUACUGUGGGUUGCUGGGAUCUCUACCGGCAUGACAUCGACUGCCAAUGGAUUGACAUCACAGAUGUGAAGCCAGGAAACUACAUUCUGCAGGUGGUCAUCAACCCCAAUUUUGAAGUAGCAGAGAGCGACUUCACCAACAAUGCAAUGAAAUGUAACUGCAAAUACGACGGGCACCGCAUCUGGGUGCACAACUGCCACAUUGGCGAUGCCUUCAGUGAAGAGGCCAACCGGAGGUUUGAGCGCUACCCUGGCCAGACCAGCAACCAGAUCGUCUAAGGUGCCGCCACCCUCCUCCACAAACCACCACUGGCCCCUAAGGGCGGGGGUCUGAGGCUGCCAUUACCUCAGGAGCUUACCAAGGAACCCCUGACGUCAGCAGGCCAGCCGCACUCAUCCAGUGUGUGCUACGGAUGUGGACUGUCAAGCCGAGGUUAUCGCCCUCCUUCCUAGGCCAGCUGCCGGAUCUGUGGCCAAGCGUGGGGAAUUUUUGCUCCCAGGCCCAGCACUGAGCCAAGCACAAGACAAAGAGCAGCACCUGAUUAACUGCCCAGAACAACAGACAGCAGCAGCUGGUUUUCUUGAAUAGGGAGGUCAGAAUGGUCAGCUCCAGUAUCUCCCCUCAGCUGAGAGGGGAUACAGCUUUACCUCUAGCCUUUUUGUGGGGGAAAAGAUCAGUACCCCCCUUAUUUUUGACUAUAACAUGAUGCUAGGU